AUGCGUUUUUAUAACCCAUUGUAUACACGUAAAUGGACUAAAAUGUUUUCACCAGUGUCAACGUUUGUCACACAAUUAAGUAAACAAUUAGGAUUGCAGACAUUAUUCUUAGGAAAAGAUCUUAGCAAUGAAUUUUUAAUUAAUACAGAUACAAUGCCUAAUGGACAUGUUAAUAAAUCAACACCGAAUAAUAACGAUUCGAAUUCUUUAUCAACAUUUUUUUCUAGUAUGAAUUUUUCAUUUCGACCUCGUUCACCAUCAAAAACUUCCUACGGUAAACAAUCACGACAAUCGUCAUCAUCAAAAACAACAAAAUUUUAUAAAAAAAAUCGUAAUCAAAAUAUUAAACAAACAGAAAAUAAUUCUAUUUAUCAUCAACUUAAUAUACAUACAAUUAAUGAUGAAAAUAAUAAUAAUAAAACUUUAAAUGAAACUAAUCAAAAUUCCGUUAUUAUUAAUAUUCCACCAGAAACAUCUUCACAAUCGAAUGAUGAUACUGAUAAAUUUAUCUUUACAUUUGAACAUUUUCUAUGGAUAUUAAUUUUAACACUUUGUUAUUUUACUUGGUUUAUAUUUAUUGCUGGAAUAUCAAUAAUACAUAUUGUGUUAUAUUCAAUUAUAAUUUUUCUUUAUUUUUUAUCAGAUCGUACAAGACGUUUUGCAUUAGCUAUAUUAGUUUAUUUAACAUAUUUACUUUUAUAUGAUGCAUUACAUUUAGUACCAAAUUAUACAGUAUCAAAAGUUCAUAUACUCGAUGUUUAUUUAAUAGAAAAAAAAUUUUUUGGAAUUUAUAAAAAUGGACAUUUAAUGACAUUAAAUGAAUAUUUUCGAUUAAAUCAUAUACCUAUAUUAGAUAUUAUUUCUGGACUAUGUUAUCUUAGUUGGAUUCCAAUACCAGUAGCAUAUAGUUUAUAUCUAUAUCGAUAUAAGAGUAAACGAGACUACGCUGAUUUUGCAUUCACAUUUCUAUUAACCAAUAUAUGUGGUUUUGUUGUUUAUUAUAUUAUACCAGCAGCACCACCAUGGUAUAUUGAAUUAUAUGGAUUCAAUAUGAAUAUGAAGGCGCCUGGUAGUCCAGCUGGUUUUAUACAUUUCGAUCAGAUAACCGGAAUAAAAAUAUUUUCAUCAAUGUAUUCCAAAAAUGCAAAUGUUUUUGCUGCUAUACCAUCUUUACAUGCAGCAUAUCCAACAAUAACUGUUCUCUAUGGUUCUUUAAGUAAAAAACUUUGGCUUCAUAUAGGAUUUGUUUUUUUUACAUUUGGUGUUUGGUUUUCUGCUGUUUAUUCUGGACAUCAUUAUGUUAUCGAUGUUCUCGCUGGUGGUACAUGUGCAGUAACAGCUUAUACAUUAUAUCGUCUUAUAUCUCGUAUUCCAACAAUAAAUCGAUUACUCGUGGCAUACAGUAAAUUAAUCUAA